UUGAUUCAUGAUAGCACCAGGACAUUAUUUUUCUUCGCAAGGGUGUUUUCUGGGGAUUCGGAAUUAAAGCAAGCCGUUGGGUCGAAGCUGUGUAACUGGACGUCUGUAAAACAAACAUUUACGUACGGAGUAUGUAAAAUAGCCAGUGGUCAAUACCUCUUCAGCUGAGAUUCAACGAUGUAGAGGAUGCAGGUUCAUAACUCGCUGCAACGCCAAGGAGGUGAGUCUGCCUCGUACCGCCCUGGAAGGCGAUGCAGAGGAAUGCCAUCCCAGAGCUUCCCACCAGCCCACCUCGUCUGCAUUGCAGUCAACGGCUGAGGGACAGUAAAUCCUGGCCAGGGGGGGACACACCAUCUCAAAAUCCGCUAACGUGAACGGACAGACCUUAAAUAUGUCUAUUGCUGGCACUUCUCUUCACAUCCUCAUAGUAGAUCAUGUAAAAUUUCUAAGAUCUCGAUGCCUGGGCAGUUUUGUAGGAGCCUCCGUAUAAUUUGCCGCGUUAAACAAGAUGCACAGAACUGGAAAUUGCGGCAACUGGAUGGGGUGCCCUUUCAACAUCUUCCAUGAAUUUAUUUUUUUUAACUUUGAAGUUUUUUAAGUGUUCGUAACAUCAGGAUGGAGCCUGAUCCAGCUUUUGAGGGCAUCACGGCACUAUACUGCACAGGAGAGAAUUUUCCAAAAUGUUCAGGAUGAUGCUGCAGACUUUAACCGGUGUGUUUUUUGAAUACCAGUGGAUGUGUGUAGAACUGCCAGUGGUCACUGGCUUUGAUCACCUUCUUACAAGCCCAGUUGUGCUCAGCGCAGGUCUCUCGACUUUUGUCAAACGUGGCUGUACCGGAGUGGUUGAGAGAGGGAUGCCAGGCAAAGAGAGACUGGGAAAUACUGACCGCUCUUCAGCGCGGCGCCUUUCCGCAUCUGGAGGCAAACGCUUUCUCCAAAGAUGAACGUGGUUGGAAUAACUGAGAAUGUGAAAGGAGAUCAUCAGAAAUUUGAAAUCUGGUAUAGUGGGCGAGAAGAGGUCUAUGUCGUGCAGGCCCAAACAGUAGAUCUGAAGAUGGCAUGGCUAAAUGAAAUAAGGAAAAUCUUGUUCAAGCAGCAGGAGCUUAUAAAAGUGGAGAAGCAGCAGCCCGGCUCGUGCACGGACCAGCUCCCGCUCUCCUCCCAGCUGAGCGAUGGAAAGCAGCAGAGAGCCUCCAUAAGCUCAGAAGAGAACGACUCGGAGCGCACCAGCCCGGUGAUGCUGGACAGUGGGCUCCCGUCCCCCCAGAACAAGCCCCCCAGAAGCUGGCCGGGAAUGUCACAGUCCCUGGAGAUCUGGGAGGGGCUGGAGGAGUGUUCGGGUAACCAGUACCUCUCCAACUGCUCGGACACGGAAGAGGAGGACGGGAACCAGCUGUCUCCAGGAAAAUAUAAAGCCCUUGCGGACUGCAAGAGGAGAGGAUCAGAAGACCUGCUGGUGAAAAACGGGGAUGAAAUUCAGCUUUUGCAUGAAGAUGGUGAGGGACAGUGGUUGGUGAAAAACCUAAACAGAAGAAAAGAAGGCUGGAUUCCCGUCCACAGUCUGCAGAUAGUAGUGGGCAACUGCAGGUUUCGGAAUGCCAAAGUCGCAGACUUAUACUGUGGCCCUAACGAGAACCUCCCGAUACAGGAUGGCUGAUACCUGCACCCUUCCGAGCUGUUCCUCUCCCCUCCUGGUAAUUAUUCCAGCGAUGAGCCAGUAUGAAUCAUAAUGAAGUUACCGGGAACUUUUUGCUGCCCAGUUGAAGUUAUCAGAUGUGUAUUUGCUCGGUGCCCCGCUCCCCUACCAUUGCCAGCCUGGCAAAUCCACCAUCCUCUGCCUGGUUCCUAAGGGAGAACCCAUGUUCAAAGCCAGACACCCAACACUCAAACGAACCCACAGAUGAUUGUUUUUCCCUUUCCUCACGUGGCUGCAUGGGUAGUUUUGCUUAUAGUUGAAUGGUUACUACUGGCAAUGCCAUGUAAAUGUUGAUAAAGCAAGUAUUUUGGUCCAAAAGUAUUUUGGUCUUUUGCAAAUGUGGUGAGGGAGGAAAACCUUAUUAAACAUUUUAUAAAUGUUGGCCUGGGUAUAAGGCAGGAGGCUGUCUGGAAGGAAGAAGGCUGGCUUGGGGGGCAGUUUGAAAACCAGUUUUCCCUCUGGUGUGCUUCUAGCUGUGAUUUCUGAGAUUAGCCCUUGCUGCUUUCUUCCGAAUAGAUUUAUUCUGUCUCCCGUGCAAAUACAUGGGGGAUUUUCUUAGGUGGGUGCUGUAGAAAUAGUUUUGCAUCGCAGGUGGAUAACGCGCGGAAGUCAAAAUUGGAAAAGGUUUGGAGUGAACUCCACUCAGAAAAAGCAGUAUCCCAAAUAUAGCUCCUGCUGAGACCCACCUGUGUGUGGGUAGUUUCAGCUGCCGUGAAAGCGGUUGGGCGUUGCCUGGUCAAUUAUAGGCAUUAACGAGGACCGGUGCCUUGGGGAAGGUGAGGGCAGCAGCGUCCCAAUCUUUUCUCUCAGCAGCACUGUGAACAGAUGCAAGCGAAAGGAAGCAGGUUGUUCACUCACAGAUUUUCAUGAAAUGGGGCUAAAGCUUUUUUUUUUUUUUCCCCCACCUGACCUUUAAAUCUGGGGAGAGAGAAGGGCACAUUUCCCAUUUCCACUCGCUGCGUGGAGGUUGCAUGAGUGAUUUCUUUUAGAGGGAGCAUGAAAUAGAUGGGCCUGCAUAAAAAACAGGAUUCAAACAACCCAAUGGAAGCAGUGGUCAAUGCCUUUACAUGUUACAUAUAUAAAAGAAAUACUGCUACAACUUUCAAGUUCUUUUAAACAGCAAAAAAAGAGCUGCAGGCAGAGGGUGACUUGAGCCCAAAGGCGAGGAGCGCGCGGAGCAGGGCGGAAGGAUGCUCUGUGCCGGGGCAGGAGCACGCACCUGCGUGGUUUAAGGAGGACCCUGGUCCUGUUCCACACGCCAGACCCUCCCAGUUCAUUUUAACACCCCACUUGCCAAAUGAUCUCCUGCAAGCCUUACGGGCGUCCCCUGUGUGUGCUUUUCGUGCAAUAUAUAAAGCCGAGCAAAGGUUUCUCCUGCUGGUUGUGCCCAAAGGAGCGAGCUCAGGUGUCCCCUGCUCCUGCUGGCCAGAGCAGUGGGGAUUGUCCUCUCUUGAGGACAACCCUUGAGGCCACCCCUUCAGCCACUGGCAACCACAGCAGAGAGGUUUUAAGUCACUGAAGGUUAUUUCCAUCUACUUCAAAAUCGGACACGGUGCACUUGCUAGGUGGCAAAGUAGGAGCCUCUUAAGUUCCUGUCGGGGCUAUUUAUAGCGGUAACAAUUCUUGUGGUAACAAUACACAUUUUGAGGUACAACUGUAAAUAUCUGUCUCAAACACGCACACAUUGCAUAUUUAAUGGUUUUAAUCUUUUUUUCUGUCUUCCAUGGUUUUAAAUCUAAGCUUUUCUUAGUUUAUGAGGUUGAUAAGUUCUGCAAAUCUGAACGUACAGCCUGAGAUUUUUAACAUUUGAAGCUUUGCACACGACAUGGUAUGUUACCUUAAGUAUGCUGUUGAACUAGGCUCUUCAUGUAUAUGGAUAAAUUACAGUAGAGAAUUUUCUCUGACUGCAAGUUUAAAUUAACUAUAUUGUAUAUGUACCUGUAUAAAAAAAGUGUUAGAUCUAUAUUUAAAGGUUAAAAACUUGUUAAAUAAAUUCGUAUGGAAUAUGCAAUUCUGUCCAAAGAACACCUCUGCUAUAAUGCUAGAGGAAAAAAAAUAACAAUUCUCACAGUGUUGGUUUUAUUUCACUUCUUUGGAAAAAAUCUAACCUUCUUACACGCAUUUUGAUUUUGAAGUGAGCAGUGGCAGAUGAUCCGAUUAGCUUCUCGCUGGAUGGAGCAGCAGUAAAAUUGGGAGAGGCACCUUAAUGCUCAUACUUAUGUCUGCAAUAGCGGCUAUUGAAAACCCGGCCCUGGCUCGGGGUGUCUCCAUCACCAGCCUCUCCUGCAUCCCAGUGCAGCAGGGACCUCCGGGCUGGGGACCACGGGGGCCGUGUGGGCAUCAACAGCCCUUUGGCAGGUGGUGUCGGGGGGAGAGGUGGCUGGGGGGGCACAUCUCACUGGGUGGGAGGGAGGAGACCCCCCCUCAGUGGGGCUCUGCCUCUGGGGACGUGCCGUGGUCCUGUGCGCGGUGCCUGUGGUGCGGUAGAGCUUCUGCCCAUCACGGGGGGCAGUUCCCCGAGGCCACGCUGGUCCCCUCUGCACACCUGGAGUUUGCCACGGAAGGAGACGCACGACAAGCCAGCACGGAUCAGAGGUAAAGCUCCCCUCUCCUGGGAUUAUUCCCUUCCCUUGAAGUUGGGAACAGAAUUAAACCCACUGGAGACAGCCCCACACAACACAUCUGCCCAGCACAGCCUUUCCCCAGGUGAUCAAGUGCAAUGGAAACAUAAUAAAAAGAAAUAAAUUAGAGUCAUUGGAAUGAUCUAUUUGGCUAGUUUUUUCGAUAAGAAAUUUAACUCUGACUUUUUGAAGGGCUUGUGUCAGACAGAAAUUCAUUCUCACCCU